GGCGCCGGUGGCGCGGGGCGGGGGAGGGGCGCGCCGGAAGCGGAACCGACUACGCCGGAAGCGGAACCGAGCGCGGGUUGCCAGGGCCCGGGGAGGGCUGGCGGCGGUGGCGGCGGCCUCGCUCGGCUGUCAGUUCCUUGUCGGAGAAUUUGGCCUCACAGAGUUGCCAAGAUAGCUGGACCAGGAAGAAAACGUCGUAGCCCUGACCCAGACGCCGUUGCCGACUCUGGGGCACUCUGGUUGUCAACCAAACGGCUCAAGAUGUCUGGUGGGGCGAGUUCCACAGGCCCAAGGAGAGGGGCCCCAGGACUGGAAGAGGCCACCAGUAAGAAGAAACAGAAGGACCGUGCUAACCAGGAGAGCAAAGAUGGAGACCCCAGAAGAGGUGGGUCAGCAUCCGUUCUCCAGGAGGAACAAACCAAAGAGGAUUUGUUGCUUGACUGGCGGCAGAGUGCAGAUGAGGUAAUAGUUAAGCUGCGUGUGGGAGUGGGCCCUCUACGACUGGAAGAGGUAGACACUGCUUUCACAGACACGGAUUGUGUGGUGCGGUUCCCAGGUGGUCAGCAGUGGGGUGGCGUUUUUUAUGCUGAGAUAGAGAGUUCCUGUGCUAAAGUGCAGACCCGCAAAGGUGGCCUCCUGCAACUGGCGCUGCCCAAGAAAGUACCUCUGCUCACAUGGCCCUCUCUCCUGAAGAAAUCUCUAGGGAACCAGGAGUUGGUGUCACGGCUGCCAUGCCAGGAGAAUGGGCAGGAGCUGUCGCCCGUUGCCUUAGAACCAGGCCCUGAACCCCGCCGGGCUAAGCAGGAGGCCCGUAACCAGAAGCGGGCCCAGGGUCGUGGUGAGGUAGGCACGGGGGCUGGCCCUGGGGCCCAGGCAGGCCCCAGCGCCAAGAGGGCUGUGCAUCUUCGCAGAGGGCCAGAGGGGGAAGGGCCCAGAGAUGGCCCUGGACCUCGGGGUGAUGCCUCUCCUUUCUUGGCUGAGCCAGCCACUCAGGCUGAGGCUGAGGAACAGCUGCUGCGGGUACCACCACUGAACCCCCAGACCUGCCUGCUGGGUUCAGAGGAAAAUCUAGCACUUUUGGCAGGAGACAAGGCAGUAUCCCCUAGGAAUGACCCAGUCUCCUCAGCCAUGGCCCGCAGCAGAAACGCUGAGAAAGGUGACCAUUCCAAGGAGGAGAUGGCAGUGUCAGCAGAUGUUGCAACCUUGGUAGAUGGUAAAGAGCCAGAGUCCAUGGUGAACCUGCCGUUUGUCAAGAACGAUUCUUACGAGAAGGGGCCAGACUCAGUGGUGGUGCAUGUAUAUGUGAAAGAGAUCUGCAGGGAGGCCUCUCGAGUGCUGUUCCGAGAGCAGGACUUCACACUUAUCUUCCAGACCAGGGAUGGAAACUUCUUGAGACUGCACCCGGGCUGUGGGCCCCACACCAUCUUCCGUUGGCAGGUGAAACUCAGGAACCUGAUUGAGCCCGAGCUAUGUACUUUCUGCUUUACCGUCUCUCGCAUCGACAUCUGCCUCCGCAAGCGGCAGAGUCAGCGCUGGGGAGGUCUGGAGGCCCCGGCUGCACGAGGUGCAGUGGGUGGUGCAAAGGUGGCCGUGCCGACAGGCCCAACCCCCCUCGACUCCACCCCACCCGGAGGUGCCCCCCACCCCUUGACAGGCCAGGAGGAAGCUCGGGCUGUGGAGAAGGAAAAGCCCAAGACUCGGAAUGAGGACACGGGGUUGGAUGGUGUGGCUGCCCGCACUCCCAUGGAGCACGUAGCUCCAAAGCCAGAACCACAUCUUGCUUCGCCCAAGCCCACAUGUAUGGUGCCUCCGAUGCCGCACAGCCCCGUGAGUGGAGACAGCGUAGAGGAAGAGGAGGAAGAAGAAAAGAAGGUGUGUCUGCCUGGCUUCACCGGCCUUGUUAAUCUAGGAAACACCUGCUUCAUGAACAGCGUGAUUCAGUCUCUGUCCAAUACGCGGGAGCUCCGGGACUUCUUCCAUGAUCGCUCCUUCGAAACUGAGAUCAACUACAACAACCCACUAGGGACUGGUGGGCGUCUGGCGAUUGGUUUUGCGGUGCUGCUCCGGGCUCUGUGGAAGGGUACUCACCAUGCCUUCCAACCUUCCAAGUUGAAGGCUAUUGUGGCAAGCAAGGCCAGCCAGUUCACGGGCUAUGCUCAACACGAUGCCCAGGAGUUCAUGGCUUUCCUGCUGGAUGGUCUGCAUGAGGACCUGAACCGUAUCCAGAACAAGCCCUAUACAGAGACUGUGGACUCAGACGGGCGACCAGAUGAGGUGGUUGCUGAGGAAGCAUGGCAGAGGCACAAGAUGAGGAAUGACUCUUUCAUCGUGGACCUCUUUCAGGGCCAGUACAAGUCAAAACUGGUGUGCCCUGUGUGUGCCAAGGUCUCCAUUACUUUUGAUCCAUUCCUCUACCUGCCGGUGCCCUUGCCACAGAAGCAAAAGGUCCUCCCCAUCUUCUAUUUUGCCCGGGAGCCCCACAGCAAGCCUGUUAAGUUCCUGGUGAGCAUCAGCAAGGAGAACUCAAGCGCGAGUGAAGUGUUGGACUCCAUCUCGCAGAGUGUCCGUGUGAAACCCGAGAACCUGCGGCUGGCUGAGGUGGUUAAGAAUCGCUUCCACCGUGUUUUUCUGCCCUCCCAUUCACUGGAUACGGUGUCUCCAUCUGACAUGCUCCUCUGCUUUGAGCUGCUCUCGUCAGAGUUGGCUAAGGAGCGAGUGGUCGUGCUGGAGGUACAGCAGCGCCCCCAGGUGCCCAGCAUCCCCAUCUCCAAGUGCGCAGCCUGCCAGCGGAAGCAGCAGUCAGAGGAUGAGAAGCUGAAACGCUGUACCCGGUGCUACCGUGUCGGCUACUGCAACCAGCUCUGUCAGAAAACCCAUUGGCCUGAUCACAAGGGCCUCUGUCGGCCUGAGAAUAUUGGCUACCCCUUCUUGGUCAGUGUCCCUGCCUCUCGUCUCACUUACGCCCGUCUUGCUCAGCUGUUAGAAGGCUAUGCGAGGUACUCUGUGAGCGUUUUCCAGCCACCUUUCCAGCCCGGCCGCGUGGCAUUGGAGUCCCCAGGCCCUGGUUGUACUACACUGCUCUCUGCUGGUUCGCUAGAGGCUGGGGACAACGAGAGGAACUCCAUACAGCCACCCGAGUUCCAGUUGGUGACUCCUGUGGCUGAUGGGGAUGCAGGGAUUCUGCGGACCUGGGCUGUCUCUGAUCGGGGCCCUGUUCCCAGCACCAGUGGCAUUUCUUCUGAGUUGCUGGCCAGUGGGUCCACUGAAGUUGGCUCCCUGCCUGCUGGUGAGAGGAUGUCCAGGCCAGAAGCCGCGGUGCCUGGUUACCAACAUCCAAGUGAAGCCAUGAGUGCCCACACGCCCCAGUUUUACAUCUAUAAAAUGGAUGCAUCUGGCCGAGAGCAGCGGCUAGAGGACAGAGGAGAGACUCCACUAGAGCUGACUGAUGACUGCAGCCUGGCACUGGUCUGGCGGAACAAUGAGCGCCUGCAGGAAUUUGUCUUGGUGGCCUCCAAGGAGCUGGAAUGUGCUGAAGACCCGGGCUCUGCUGGUGAGGCUGCCCGUGCUGGCCACUUCACUCUGGACCAGUGCCUGAACCUCUUCACACGGCCUGAGGUGCUGGCACCUGAGGAAGCUUGGUACUGCCCACAGUGCAAACAGCACCGAGAGGCCUCCAAACAGCUGUUGCUGUGGCGUCUACCCAACGUGCUCAUCGUGCAGCUCAAGCGCUUCUCCUUUCGUAGUUUCAUCUGGCGAGACAAGAUCAAUGACUUAGUGGAGUUCCCUGUGAGGAACCUGGACCUGAGCAAGUUCUGCAUUGGUCAGAAGGAGGAGCAGCUGCCCAGCUAUGACUUGUAUGCUGUCAUCAACCACUACGGAGGCAUGAUCGGUGGCCACUACACGGCCUACGCACGCCUGCCCAAUGACCGCAGCAGCCAGCGCAGCGACGUGGGUUGGCGCUUGUUCGAUGACAGCACGGUGACAACGGUAGACGAGAGCCAGGUCGUGACGCGCUAUGCCUAUGUACUCUUCUACCGCCGGCGGAACUCUCCUGUGGAGAGGCCCCCCCGGGCAGGUCACUCUGAGCACCACCCAGACCUAGGCCCUGCAGCUGAGGCUGCGGCCAGCCAGGCUUCCCGGAUUUGGCAGGAGCUGGAGGCCGAGGAGGAGCCGGUACCUGAAGGGCCUGGGCCCUUGGGUCCCUGGGGGCCCCAAGACUGGGUGGGCCCCCCGCCACGUGGCCCUACCACACCAGAUGAGGGCUGCCUUCGGUACUUUGUUCUGGGCACCGUGGCAGCUUUGGUGGCCCUCGUGCUCAACGUGUUCUAUCCUCUGGUAACCCAGAGUCGCUGGAGAUGAGCUCGCCUGCAGGCAGUGCUGUGAGCUGUCCCACCUGCUGCCCACCAGGCCGUGCCUGCCUCUGGUGGGGCCCAACUCUGGCCCGGGCCUCAGUGUGUGAAUCUUGGGGGAGAGGUGGAGACCGUGGCCCCUGCCGGGGCAGCACAUCCUCGGGCGGUCAUUCAUCCAGUUGUCUGUCCAUUUGUUCUGCUGCUCUGACCCUUGGCUGAGGGCCUCACCCUGCCCAAGCAGCUUCUUGUAUCGAAAUGUUAAUAAUAAAGCGAGACUGUUCAGGCCGGA